UAGACUACUCUACCUGCUUCUUCUGAACCGCUCAAUGCCCUAUAUUCUGUGAAGGAAUUUAGAGAAUUCUCGGUUUGGUGAUUUUCUUUCAAGUCAUAUGACUAGAGCAGCAGAAACUUGCAACAAGAGACCGAUUUCCAAACAGAGACCGAAGGUUCAGCAGUUUAUUGGGACUACAAGACAGACCUUUUUUACAGUAAUCUGCAGUCUUUGGGAUAAGAAAUUCGAGACGCGCAGUUGAGAGAACCGUUACUUUCCAUCAUUAGUCUAUCAGUUGUUUAGCCAAUUUAGGAUUUGUUAAGUAGACCUAAUCCUAGUUGCUUCAAAUUGCAACUAUCUACCGAGAGAGUAUAAGCUCAUCUGUAAAGGCACAUUCUGACCGUUUUCCAUCGUUUUUUUCGACAGUAGCCUCCGUUAUUUGCGUAGGAGGGACAGGCAUCACCAAAACGGAGAGCACAAAGCCAUUGCGAGCAGUACCACGUCAUUCUGUCAAAUUUAUUGAAACUUGUUUGGUUACUUUCUAGCAACAUAUACUUAAACUUCAUUCAGAUAAUAUUUAGAUAGGUGGGGAGUCGGGGGAGAUGAUGACAGGAUUUCGACUGAACUUGGCGCCUCUCAAGGAACCGCUUGGGAUUAAUCAAAUUUGUAGAAUGGGUAAGUAGGCUACACUGUCAGGAAUCCUACUGGAGAAAGUCUGCAACUCAACAGUUCUAAUAGCCGAGGGAUUUAUCACUCUAGUUCGGGGCUGUGGCCUGAGAAAAUAAAAGAGAAAAUACAUGUACUGUAUAUUACACUUUUUUUGCUUUUCAAUCAUAUUGCAUGUUGGCGCAAACCAUACAAGCUUUCAUCAGUUAUUCAUAAACUAAUGUGUCACAGUUUUGUUUUAUUUUGUCAGUCUCUUUCCUCCUGAUUCUGCAAUGACAAAAUAAUGAUAGCCUACAGUAUGACAUUCAUUCAACUCUCCAUUUCAUGCAACGUCUGCUAGAGUAGGGGGCUAGGGGCUGGAUCAGUUUGUACUGGCAUGGUUUUGAAAUGUCCCUGUACAAAACCCUGUGCAUGCCCUUCAAAUGAAAGACAAGGUGUUAUACAUUAAUUAGUCUCUCAGUAAUAAUUCACUUAAAUAUUACCCAGCAUAUACAAUCAUUAUCUUGAAGGUAACUUGCAGUUUUUGGGUCAGGAAACUGUGCUCCUGACAUAAUCUGACACCUAGAAGAAAAUGUUAUUUUAUUUGCACCCAAUCAAUCUGACAGGUUUUGCAGAACUUAAAAAUCCAUAAGAGUAUAUUGACGCACCCUAUUGACUCAAUCUAAGUAACAUAAUAAAAACUCCCCAUCAAAAUCAGUCCAUUUAAACUAGAGAUAUCUGGGCUGCGUCUCAAUCCACUGCAUCCGCCGAUGUCGGCGGUCCCCAUCUGCAGUGGGAGGUGGCCGAGCUAUGAGACAUCCCGAAAAUCUGUCUUCUCACAUGUAGUGUCUGCAUAACUCGGUCAAAGGAAUCCUGUGUAGCUAUGCAGGAGAAAAUUAGGUUAACAAUUCAGCUGUUCUCUCUCUCACUGUGCAAAUCCUUCAAGAUUCAGGCUGCAGGCCAGACAGGCAGCAACACCCUAGUCAUCUGACCAUAUACUUUUACAUAGCAGGCUGUUGUCUCUGUCUGUGCAUUUGCAGUGCUCACUAGAUGUUAAUUGUUGUGGGAUGGCACAAGUUGCUACAAUGAGGUAGUCAGUCAACAGGAAGUUGACACACUGUGAAAUGAGAACAUCUGGAGAAGGGAGAGAAAGAAGGGCCUUCUCCGGAACCAAAAUGGAGGCACGGCCAUUAAUUAUUUGUAAGUUCCCCCUAGACACUGAUCUAAGGCCAGUCAUGUGUUUCUUGUCCUAUUAGUUACAAUUUGGAUUCAUAAAAGGUCAAGCUUAUCCUAGAUCUGGGCUUAGGGGCAACUUGGAACUCAAUCAUUCUGAAGGUGCAGUUGAGGACUAUUGGGCUCAACCCUCUGGAUGUGUGUGUAUGUAUUAUUAACCCUCUAAAUCCCUCUAGCCUACAUCUAGAGAGAGAGAGAGAGCAUCAACAGAGAACAACAUAGCUUGCAGCAGAGAGAAUGAAAAGAGGAUCAAAACGGAUCUUUAUGUAGACCGUUAGAUCCUUCUUGUUCUUGGCAGGCUUACUGUUGGGUGUGAUGCUGAAUGCAUGCUCUUCAAUUAUUUCAUUCCAUUAAUCAAAACAGCCCCCCAUAGCUGGUCUACCUACAGUAUAUUACAGUAUGUCCAAUGUAAGCAAUGUUUCCCCCUUCUCCCUGCUCAGGUAAAACUGUUUACAUGAUAUAUCUCUCUCAAUCUCUCUCUCUCUCUGUUUUAAACAGCUGACAGCCAUCUUUGCAUUUGGGAGCUGUGGGGGGUAUUCUGGCAAGAAUAUCGUGUCACUCUUCUGCAGCGAAGGAAGGAACGAGACGCUGAAUGCUACUUUUAGCUAUCCCUUCAGGUGGGUGUCUGUCAGUCCUCUCUCUGUGUGUUACUGUGGUUGAUACCCCUACAACUAUCAGACCCAACUGCAAAUAAGACCCCUUUUGAAAUAUUUGAAAUGCCUUGAUGUGUUAUCAGAUAUCCUGCUGGAACUGUGAAGGAAGUUGUUGUAUAGAUACCAUCUGUAGGAGAAUGUUCAUGGUGGAGGAAACAACUUGACCCCAUGACCUCAACUGAUUAUUUCCUAAAUUAAACUGGAUGAGUGUUUUCUUGUGCAGUGUAAUGACUGGGGUUUAUUCCAGGUGUAGUAUGACACACAAACAGGAAGUAACCUGUACAGUGAAGAUGUAUCAGGUUAAACUAGAUGACACAAUGGAUACUUUUUAAUUGUCAACCAGGAAGAUUUGCAGCUGAAAUGUUGACAAUAUAUAGUCUCCAUCUAUCCUCUUGUUAUUGUCAUUCUAUAUCCCCAGGGUAUAAGUUGGUCCCAUGUUUCAUGAGCUGAAAUAAAAGAUCCCAGAAAUUUUCAAUGCACAAAAAGCUUAUUUCUCUCAAAGUUUGUGCACAAAUUUGUUUACAUCCCUGUUAGUGAGCAUUUCUCCUUUGCCAAGACAAUCCAUCCACCUGACAGGUUUGGCAUAUCAAUAAGCUAUUUAAACAGCAUGAUCAUUACACAGGUGCACCUUGUGCUAAGGACAAUAAAAGGCCACUCUAAAAUGUGAAGUUUUGUCACACAACACAAUGCCACAUAUGUUUCAAGUUUUGAGGGAGCGUGCAAUUGGCAUACUGACUGCAGGAAUGUCCACCAGAGUUGUUGCCAGAGAAUUGAAUGUUAAUUUCUCUACCAUUAGCCGCCUCCAACAUCGUUUUACAGAAUUUGGCAGUACGUCCAACCGGCCUCACAACCGCAGACCACGUGUAUGCCGUUGUGUGGGCGAGCGGUUUGCUGAUGUCAACGUUGUGAACGGAGUGCCCCAUGGUGGCGAUGGGGUUAUUGUAUGGGCAGGCAUAAGCUAUGGAUAACGAACACAAUUGCCUUUUAUCAAUGGCAAUUUUAAUGCACAGAGAUACCGUGACAAGAUCCUGAGGCCCAUUGUCGUGCCAUUCAUCCGCCACCAUCACCUCAUGUUUCAGCAUGAUAAUGCAGGGCACCAUGUCGUAAGCAUCUGUACACAAUUCUUGGAAACUGAAAAUGUCCCAGUUUUUCCAUGGCCUGCAUACUCACCAGACAUGUCACCUAUUGAGCAUGUUUGGGAUGCUCUGGAUUGACGUGUACAACAGCGUGUUCCAGUUUCCACCAAUAUCCAUUAACUUCGCACAGCCAUUGAGAGGAGUGGGACAACAUUCCACAGGCCACAAUCAACAGUCUGCGAAGGAGAUGUGUAGCACUGCAUGAGGCAAAUUGUGGUCACACCAGAUACUGUCUGGUUUUCUGAUCCAAGCCCCUACCUUUUGUUAAAGGUAUCUGUGACUGUAUUCUCAGUCAUGUGAAAUCCAUAGAUUGGGGCCUAAUGAAUUUAUUUCAAUUGACUUAUUUCCUUAUGAACUGUAACUCAGUAAAAUCUUAGAAAUUGUUGCAUGUUGCGUUUAUAUUUUUGUUCAGUAUAUUUACAGUGUGACACUGAUCUCUUACUGAAACACUCUGGAAAACUCUGCUAUGUUAAGUAUAGAUUUACACUGAAGUGUAAAGCUGUGUUGUGUCCCCAGGUUAAACCUGGUUGCUCUAGUGGAGGGCAACACCACUCUGUGUAACCACUCUGUGCCCGUCACCCACCUGGUGGGAGACUCCGCCUCCUCGGCCCAGUUCUUUGUGGGCGUGGCCAUCAUCUGCUUCCUGUACUCUAUGGUGGCGUUGCUCGUCUACCUGGGCUACAUGCACGUGUACAAGGACUCCGACUUCGGCCCCAUGUUUGUGAGUACUGGGAAAGUAAAAGGACAAAACCUAGAUUGAGAUCCUCAUAUGUGACUUGAAAUUAAUAUGUAAUUAAUAAUAAUUAAUAUUUGAUUUUGAUUUAUAUGAUUUAUUUAAAUGUCAUACACCUACCGGUGCCCAGCCCACAUGGGCUUAUAAGACACUACUAAACACAGUACCAUUUUCCUUGUGCUCAAAACAAAAUAACAUUUGACAAAUUAUACUCAUAAUUAACUCUACCUACAUGUACAUAUUACCUCAAUUACCUCGACUAACCUGUGCCCCCGCACAUUGACUCUGUACCGGUACCCCCUGUAUAUAGCCUCGCUACUGUUAUUUUACUGCUGCUCUUUAAUUUUGUAUUUAUUUAACAUACUUAUCUAUUUUUUACUUAACACUUAUUUUUCUUAAAACUGCAUUGUUGGUUAAGGGCUUGUAAGUAAGCAUUUCACUGUAAGGUCUACACCUGUUGUAUUCGGCGCAUGUGACAAAUAACAUUUGAUUUGAUUUUAAGUACAGCUACCAUCUAGCCACACUACACAAACAGUACAUUUCCCCUUCUCCUCUAGGCAUUGUGAACAAACUGAGCAAUCUCAAACACACCCUGUCUGAAACAAAAUUCAAACCUCUGCUUGUCCCGUAACCAAAAUACUUCAGGGUUAUCACCAAAAAUUUUACAAAAAAGAAUGUCUCAGAUCAUCAAAGAACGUCUGAGAUCAUUAUACAGAGGGCAAUAAAACACUAAAUGGAUUUUGUUUUCGAUUUCCCCAAGAUCACACAUUAGGCAAAUUCUAUUUUCUUCAGGCAAUCUGUUAAAUCUACCUGUCUCUAUAGCCAGAGGGAGGGUGCCGGAUCUGACGUGUGCACAAACGGACCUUUGGCUUUUUGUUAGGUUCAGGCGGACAUAUGGUUCAGGGGUGUAGUUCUCUUUGAUGAGAGUUUACGUUCUAAGCAGGGGUUGGAACCAAAAUUAUUUUCCAAUCGUUUCGUUCUGAACAGAACCAUUAUUUAUUUUGUUCCGUUCCACUGUUCCGACCAGCAAAAUAAAGUUCUGAACCGGUUUGAACCCCCCAAAAAGUAAAGGUUUAAAUCGUUCCUUUCUGUUCCUUUUUAAACCUCUGAAAUCAUUUUUUGUAUACUGUAUAUAUUUAGCUCGACAUUAAAUUAUUUCACCAAUGGAUAGAGCAGCUUGCUAUGGAGCAGGCAAGCUGCAGUAUGUACAUGCAUUGGACAGACAAGUGUAGUGUAGGGUGCGAGAUGCGACUGAAAUUUUACAGGUGAGGAGAGCGCUGGGCAUAAAGCGCUGGGCAUCUUGUUGUUAUGACAUGCUUUAUCUGAAUUAGGCCCACAGAAUUCUACCUAGGAGGAGUGGCAUCUAUGAAGGAACUAUGAAUGUCUUUGAACUUCAGAGAGUUGGCUUAACUAACGUUGGACCAGAGCUAGCCCUUGGGCCCCGUGUAGCUCAGUUGGUAGAGCAUGGCGUUUGCAACGCCAGGGUUGUGGGUUCGAUUCCCACGGGGGGCCAGUAUGAAAAAUGUAUGCACUCACUCACUGUAGCGUCUGCUAAAUGACCCAAAAAAAUAAAUAAAAAUGCAUGACUAUCAGUUCCAUUAUAAUGCCGCCUAGCGUGUUUGAGAGCUAGACCAGAGCUAACUAGCUAACAAGCUUGUGUGCGCAGAGCGGCACCAGAAUUAAAUCAAAAACACGUCUUACCUUUUUUUUGUUAAUUAAUCCAAUUUGAAACGUGUAUCCUUGAAAAAGUUAAUCCAUUCUUCUCUAAUUAAAAAUCUCUCUCUCCCUAAUUUCUGAAUCACGUGUGUAACUUCAGUAGCUACAGUAGACUAUGCUUUGGAGGGAAGGGAGGGGCAGGUAGCCUACACACACACUGGCAAAGAUUUCCAGCUGGCAGGCAGGCAGACACUGAAUUUCUGAGUGACAGAGUGAGGGCUUUGCAUAGGCACUUUGUUGUGUUUUUUUGUGGGACAAAAAGAAAUGCCCAGAACGUUAUUAACCGGUUCCCAUGCUUUUAAAAUAAUGGUUCUGUUCCGGAACAGUAUUAGAUCACUUUCGUUCUCGGUUCUGGUUCUGUUCCUCAAAAAAUGUCAUUAUUUUACAGUUUUCUGUUCUGUUCCCUGAACCGGUACCAACCCCUGGUUCUAAGUUUAGGUUUAAACCAAAUAUCAGCUGCCCAUUUUUCCUUGUGGAUCAGAAAACGCUUGUCCUUGAUGUUGUUAAUACCACAUGGUAAUUUGUUCCUGAAUAUAUACCGCAAAUCAGUUUUGAAUAGCAGAAGUCUCCCGUUUACAUAAAUAAAAUGUGUCUAUGUCCUGACCUCUGUUAUUUUAUGUCUGAUGUAUGUAUGUUGCCUGUUUGUAUAUAAUGUUUUACAUUUUAAUAUGUUCACCUGCCUGGGGACUGCAGAUGGAAAUGAGCGAUAAAUGAAAUCUGGUGCAACACAUUAUUUCUCAGUGAUCUGAGACGUAUGUUUUGUUGUACAUCGUCCCUGUCCAAAAAAACGCUAUAAAUAAAUAGGCCUACACGUUUUAAGCCAAUGUCUUGAGUUAUUCAUGCAUAUCUUCCAGUAGGAUGUGAACAAUUCAUUUGGUGUGGUCCUACAUCUGUUUAUUCUGUCUUGAUAACUCCUCUGGUCAUUGUCACGCCAAGCAAGACAUCACAAACAGAUCAGGGAUCAGGCUACAAUUGAAUGUACUUCCUUAUCCAUUUUAAACCUUGCUGAAACAAAGUGGUUCCGACAGGGACAAACUAAGUGAUGAUGAUUUCGGUUCCCUCUUCCCUCUCUCCCCCCAGGAUUUUGGUCUGACGGCAGUGAUUGCCUUCCUGUGGCUGGUGUGUUCCUCAGCAUGGGCCAAGGGGCUGCAGAACGUGAAGGAUGCCACCGGGACAGUGGGCAUCACCUCCACACUGGCACUCUGCAAGGAGAGCGACGUGGCCUGCGAGGUCACUGACUUCGCCAACAUGCGCACCCUCAAUGUCUCUGUGGUGAGUAACUCAACCGUUCUUUUAUCUUCUUAUAGAUGAUUCUUGUUAAUCAUAAUGUAUCAAGUUCACAUUCACUUGAAUUAUAUGAUAAUUACAUAGAUUAAAAAUAGAUCAAAUGUAACGUUUUCCUUUAGUUUUUCUGCACAUCCAACAGAAAUACUGUGUUUGCCAUGCUCACUUCUGUUUGAUCACAUGGUCUCACUCUGACUAAAGCAAUCUCUGCCUCUCUCCUCUAGGUGUUUGGGUACCUGAAUCUGAUCGUGUGGGCGGGCAACACCUGGUUUGUGUACAAGGAGACCCGCUGGCACUCUCAGAAGUACACUGCCCAGCAGGGGGCUGGGGCCGGGCGUGGACAACAAGUCCCUGCUGCUAUCUAAUACUCUACUCCUCUUCCAAUGCCCAAAAUAACCCCUUACACACCCAAAGUACUCCUGUAGCUCUGAGAGGAUUGGAUAGAUACACUAUAAGAUUUAAGGUAAUAGGCAGCUUCAUCUUGCCUGCUGAUUGUCUGGGUGGAAAUGGGCCAUAUCUAUACUGUGCCUUAAUGAUCAAUAUCUAUGCUUUGUCGAAUAUAUCUGUGCCUUCAAUACCUGUCCCAAUAUUGGGCCAUGCCUUUCUGUGCCUUAGCAUGCCAAUGCUUUCUCUCCUCGUGCCUUCUCUAACCUCUAAACCGGUGCCUUCUCUUACCAGUAAACCCCACGAACCCCUGGUACGUUCUCCUAAGCUGUGGUACAGACUCAUUGACAGCAUUUGUGCACUUUGACCUGCAACUAUCUUUGUGCUGGGCAUUUCUACCAAACCCUAACCUGGGAUAGUUCAGAUUCUUAAACAAUGCGUCCUUUCACCUCAUGGCCUAGAAGGAAUCAUGAACUGUCCUCACUUGCCUCUUUUUGCCAAGUGUAGCAGUCUUGCUUCCGUCCCUCUCCUUGCCCCAACCUGGGCUCGAACCAGAGAUCCUCUGAACACAUCAACAACUGCCUCCCACGAAGCAUCAUUACCUAAUGCUCCACAAAAGCCGCGAUCCUUGCAGAGCAAGGGAAACAACU